UACCUUUUUCCCCAUUCCCAGAACCUUCUCUCUCUCUUCUCUCUCCUCUCUCUCUCUCAUCUCAUGGAAGUCUCGCCAUGUCUCGUGACUGCAACUCCCUUUUCUAUCUCAUCAUCCCCAUAACACCCACUCUCCCUCCCUCCCUCUCAUGACUCAACAUCAUCCGCAUCAGCAUCGACAUGCGAUCUCCGCACCACCACUCCCCUCGCAACGGCGACGCCACGCCGCCUCCCCACCACCACCACCACCGGCAGUACCAGUCCACGGUGUCCGUGCAGAAGCUCCGUCGGUUCAACUGGCUGAUCCUGCUGCUGCGGCUCGCCGCCUUCUGCUUCGCCCUCGCCUCCUCCAUCUUCACCGUCACCAACUCCCGCGGCCCUUCCUCCCCGCACUGGUACGACUUCGAGGCUCUCAGAUACGUGUUCGCGGCGAACGCGAUGGUGGCGCUGUACUCGCUGUCGGAGUCGGGAGCUUCGGUGUGGGAGAUACUGAAGAACGCCACAUUGUUCCCGGAAGCCUUCCAACUCUGGUUCGAUUUUAGCCACGACCAGGUGUUCGCGUACAUACUGAUGUCGGCGGUAUCGGCUGGGACGGCACUGGCGAGGACGCUGAAGGGAUCGGACACGUGUACGGUUUCUAGCGCCUUCUGCAUCCAAUCGGACAUCGCCAUCGCCCUUGGAUUUGCGGCCUUCCUCUUCCUCGCCUUCUCCUCGCUCCUCUCCGGCUUCCGCGUCGUCUGUUUCCUCAUCAACGGCUCUCGUUUUCCCCACUAGAGACUGCGAAAGGUGGUUGUGGGAGCGUGCGAUUUUACCCUUUUGAGAUUUUAUUAUUUUCUUUUGAUUGAUCGAGCUGCUGCUGCUGCUGCUGCUGCUGCUCCUCCUCCUCAUCCUUUGCUGCAAAAUAUUUUUAUGUUACAUUAUA